AAAUAUAUAUAUAUAAACCACGCCUCAACCACAACAAGCAGCUGGGAGUCAAUAUAAUUUGCUGAUUGUUUCCUGCAGAACGCGCGAUAAAGGGAUAUUCUAUCAUUUGACUCUAUCAUUAGAUCAAACGUCAGAAGCGGACACAGGCACCAGGAGACGCGAUGCCCCUCACUAUUUCUGUUAGAUACAGUCCUAUCAAUCAGAACAAUACCUUCACCAGCGGGGAUUUUAUAUCGGGACAAGUCAUUCUGGAUGUAGCGAAGGAAACGCAAAUGUACUCGUUGAGUGUGAAAAUUAAAGGGAAAGCAGAGGUUUGCUGGAGCGAGCGUCACAAAAGCACUAUUGUUUACUCGGAUAAGGAGAAGUAUUAUUCCGUGGAGAGGUUUUUCGUUCUGGAGGACGAAACAUAUGAUAAUGGCCAUGGGAUGCUCAGAGAUCCAUCAGGACAGCCGUAUUCUUCGGUUGUGGCACCAGGCCGUCAUGUUUACCCAUUCACCUUUCAGUUACCUCUACAGCACUUCCCACCAACCUUCAAAGGUUCAGUUGGAAAAAUAGUCUACACUUUGGAGACAAAACUCUCCAGAUCAAUGCGUAUUUCUAGCAAAGCCAAAGCAGAGUUUCACUAUGUCCCCAGUCUUGAUGUGUCCAAUCCUGAACUAAUGGCGCCUCAACACGGAACCAAGGAUAAACAAAUGAAACUCUUCACCUCUGGGAGUGUCUCCAUAAACAUAAAGACUGAGAAAAUGGGAUACUACCUUGGAGAGGGCUUGAAAGUUUUGGCUAAAGUUCAGAACAAUUCAUCCCGCGCAAUCAAGCCAAAAUACUGCCUGUAUGAAAAGCACAGUUUUUUCGCAAGAGGAAAGAGAAAACUUCACACACGAGACCUUUUGAAAGAAGAAGGGGAACCCAUUGAGCCAAACUCAAGAAAAACUGUCACCAAAGUGCUGCCCAUUCCUCCCAGCCUUACCAUCUCUAUCCUAAACUGUAGGAUCCUCAAGGUUGAGUACAGACUCAGGGUCUGCCUGGAUGUGCCAUUUGCCUUAGACCCAGAGAUCAAAUUCCCAGUAGUGAUUCUUCCUCUUCAGUCUUUAUCUGGUGCAAGUAGUGCUAGAAACAGUGACUUUGGAAUCCAGAAUCAACCACCAGGUGGCAAUGUGUACCCCAACCCACCUCCUAUGCCUCUAUCUGCCCCACCAUUUAAUAUGGUACCUGGUCAGUUUGGUGCUCUGGGUUACCCUGGACCUCCUGUGUGUCAAUUUCCUGCUCCUGGUUACCCUGGAACUCCGGGUCAGUUUGCUCCUCCUGGUUACCCUGGACCUCCGGGUCAGUUUGCUCUUCCUGGUUACCCUGGACCUCCGGGUCAGUUUGCUCCCCCUAGUUAUGCUGAAUAUUCUGGUCAAUUUGGUCCGUCACUUUCUCAUCAGUCUGACUUGUCAGCUCCACCUCCAUAUCAGGAAUAUCCACAGUUGCCAGACCAUCCUGAAAAAUCUUGACAAAAUGUUUUUAGAAUCACCUUAUACGUUUAUUUUAUGAUUACUGUUUUACCUCAAUUGCUAGAAUGAUUUGUAUUUUGAUGUGCCUAUUUUUAAUUAGGGAUGUUGACAGUAAUUAAGCUAAAAGCAAAUCCUGUACUUUUUUUCUUGUAUUUCUAAACCUUCGGUAUUGUGCUCCAUUUUACAUCCCUCGAAAAAAAAAGAUAAAUCCUCCUUUAUUAUGAAGUAGAAACUGUUCUUCAGAAAUGUUUUAUGCCUUAAACAAUUGCAUUAAAAAGUGCAAACCCUUGGAUUUACUAUGACUUUCUGCGUAAAUUGUUACAAAAUAAUCAGAUUUUCACAACUGCAAGUCUGCUUAACACACAACCAUAUAUUUUCAUUUUUUUUACUGAACACUGACUCUAUACUGGAGUUAAAUUUGUAUUUUAUAUAUUUUCAUUUAUGAAUUACAUAUAAAACAUAACACUGAAUGUACUCGCACAUAUUAUCAUUGGUAAUUAUCUGUGCAAAAUAUAUGCUUUCCCUGCAUGUCCCCUCUGCCUGUCCGCAUGCCUCAAGUUAAGCUGUGGGAUAGAGAGGAUCACCUACAAGAAGCGGGUCUGUGUAGCAGUUUAGGAAAUUCAAGGCUGAUUCAAGAUAUGAACAUAUUCAGGGUAUGAUAAUAAUCAGCGUCCUCAAAUCUAAUCCAAAAAGAGUAUUUUAUCAGCCCUAAUGAAAAGUUUUGUUGGAUGAAGAUUGCAUUCUAGGUAAAGAUGAUUACAGUGAGUCUUACAUUAUGUGAGUCUGUUGUUAUUAAUAAUGAGCAAACAAACCAUGCAUGCGUUUUGUUGUGUUUAGUAAUUCUGAACAAUCCAUAUGCCUAGCUAUAUGCAGUCAGGUCAAGGCGGCUGAUUUAGUGCUCAUUUGGCAUGUGGUGCUGUUUGGUAUCCAGCUUGACCAGUAUUUAAUUGUAUAAAAGAAAGUUCUAAACAAAUGUAACAUUUAUUUUAUAUAUAUUUUUUAUAUUUAAUUUAUUUAUAUAUUUAUUCCUCACAGUUUUUGCUGUUGCACUGUUGGCUAUACAUACAAAAAAUAAAAUUGUUCUUGAAUGUUUUUCAUGUGCACUUUGGUGUGCUCAAUAAAGUUCUCAUGUAUAUGGACUCAUUUUA